AAGAAACAAACGAUUCCAAUAUGGCGAAUGUGAGGGACAGUGAUACGUCGUUGUGGCUUCAUAACAAGCUCGGAACGUCAAACGAUAGCUGGACUGGAAGCUCGAUUUGUUCACAACUGAACGCAGAAGUAUUACGGAACAUCAAAGAUUGUUUUCCAGACCUCCAAACGCAAGUUAAACUCAAAUUACUUCUCUCAUUUUUCCACAUACCGAGGCGGAAUGUCGAAGAGUGGCGUGUUGAGUUGGAAGAAAUCAUUGAGGUGGCAUCAUUGGAUAGUGAACUGUGGGUAUCAAUGUUAUCCGAAGCGAUGAAGACAUUUCCUUCUACGGGUUCUUUGAAUACAGACAUCACAGAUUUAGACGAGCAUCGACCUAUUUUUGGAGAGUUAGUGAAUGAUCUUCGAAAACUUUUAAAAAAACAAAAUGAUCCGGCUAUGCUUCCAUUAGAAUGUCAUUACCUUAAUAAGACUGCGCUUAUUUCGGUGGUCGGUCAACAACCCACACCGGUUAAGCAUUUUACCUUAAAGAGAAAACCAAAAAGUGCUGCACUAAGAUCAGAGCUGCUUCAAAAGAGUACAGAUGCGGCGAGUAAUUUGAAAAAAAGUACUGCUCCCACAGUGCCUGUGAGAAGUAGAGGAAUGCCAAGAAAAAUGACUGACACGACACCUCUAAAAGGAAUUCCUAGUAGGGUUCCAACAAGUGGUUUUCGAUCUCCAUCGCUUACGAGUUCUUCGAUGUCUAAUAGAACGCCCCUUAGUAGUAGAAUCCGUAAAGAUGGCGGAAUUAAAUUAUUAGAUAUUAACGAGCAACCGCUCGGAUAUGCUCAAGCAAAGAAACGAAAGAGAAUGAUGGAACUGGAAGAACAGCAAAAGAAAGUUGCGGAAGCUCAAGCAGCUGCUGCAGCUGCAGCAUCAACGGCGACAACUACCACGGAAACAUCAACAACGCCAGAAUAUGCUCAGGGACUGGCUUCGAUUAAUCCACCAGCUACUCCAAUUACCCCUGUGGCAGCUGUACAAUCUUAUGCAACACCUACGACUCCGAGCGGAGUAUCAGCCGUGACUACACCACAAACCCCCGCAACACCAAGUACACCUACAACUCCAACUGCUGCAGUACUACCGGUUGCAACACCUACGGUCAUUACACCGGUGGAAACUACACCUGUCGGAGUGCAAACAGUCAGACCAGCUCAAACCAUCACACAGAUUCGUAUACAAACUACCGCACAACCUGCUAACGCAGCUGCGAAUACAAGAAAGGGAUUAUCUCUCACGCGAGAACAAAUGUUAGAAGCACAAGAAAUGUUUAGAACAGCUAAUAAAGUAACUCGGCCAGAAAAAGCUCUCAUUUUAGGUUUCAUGGCUGGCUCUAGGGAUAAUCCUUGCCCGAAGUUGGGUAAUAUAGUCACGGUGAUGCUCUCGGAAAAUAUCGAAGAAGUAACCCAGCCAGAUGGAACAACUGUGCCGAUGUUGGUUGAGACCCAUUUCCAAAUGAAUUACACAAAUGGCGAAUGGAAACGGAUGAAAAAGAACAGACGAAUCGUUACAGAGGAAUCUACGUCUGCUACGACACCUGCUCCCAGUGCGACUGCUACAGCUUCCAAUUAAGAGAAAACGCUAAAUUGUCGUCGAAUCGGGAAUUUAUUGGUCAAAUAUUCUGUUCUUGGUUGGAUGACUCUUUCAAAUUUUGUCUUUAUAGACAACAAGAGAGUCGAGUGCACGAUACACAAUAUGCCCUGUUUGUCCUAUAUGGUACGAGCAAAAUUGUGUAUCACUUUUCAGUAGUAAUGCUUUAAAGUAUGUACACGUUCAAAGUUACAACAUGAAAAACGUUUGUGUUAACCGAUAAUACGUAUAAGAAUCAAGGAAAAGUUAGAAGCGGUUGUGACGGACUCGAUAUUUCUUUUUGUUUGAAGUAAUUGUCUAACAUCACAUAUAACAGGUUUCAACUACUAUGGAAGCAUCAAUCCUUGUCUCUAAUGGUGUGUCUGGUUUCACCAACGAUAAAGAUAUUUUCAAAUCGGUUGUCACUCGAUUAGAAAGACAAAUGCUAUUUAUGAAUAGAUAGUGUGAUACCUUCCAUUACAUGGAUAACCAGACACUUAAUUUAAAUGCAAUGAUUAUCGUUCGUAAUUUGAAUUUAUAUAUGAAUAUAUAAAUAUAUGUUCUCCACUCUAAUAAGAACGAACAUAAAACUUAUAAUACUGUUAUUUGAAUAAAAUAUGAAUA